UCCGUGACCAGUGAUUGAGGCCACUUCGCGAGCCCGCCGGCAGGUGUGUCUUUUCUCAGGUGUGGCUGUAGUGCCCGAAAAAAAGCGGGACAGUUGUGUGGUAGUUGUGUUCCGUGUUCCGCUGCCUGCCGUAGUGUGUGAACUGCGGGCCAGCUCACAAAGGGACUCGGCCAAGUGUUGUGUUAGUGCGCACCGCGAACGACGACGCUUCCUGAACCACCGGGACCGGGACUGGGACGCCCUUUUGAGGCCACCACCUCCGAGCGCGUAUCAGUGCCGCUGCGCUGAGCUGUUCUGUCAGCGAUUUAGCCUUCUUCCCGGCAGCAGAGCCACUACGCACUAGCGCACUAUCGGCUCGCUCGCUAUUCCUAAGCUUGGGAUCCGAAGGAUCAGAGGACACGGGAACACGCGAACCGUUGGCACCGUAACGAUGGUUCUGGACUUUACGCGCCGUCAGUGGCUGACGCUGAUGAUUAUGGGGCUGGCCGAUUUCUGCAAUGCCAUUUGCGUCAGCUUACAGGCUCCGUUCUUUCCGAAUGAGGCCGAAUCGAAAGGUGCGAGUGCCACCGAGUACGGGCUGGUGUUCGGCAUCUUCGAGCUGGUGGUGUUCAUCAUCUCGCCCAUCUACGGCCAGUACAUCAACCGGAUCGGGCCGAAAGUAUUAUUCAACAGUGGCAUCUUCACGACGGGCACCUCGGCCAUCCUGUUCGGGCUGCUGGACCGCGUCCCGGGCCACAUGCCCUUCAUCACGCUCGCGUUCGUGAUACGCAUCGUGGAGGCGCUCGGGAACGCCGCGUUCCUGACCGCAUCCUUCGCCAUCAUCGCGAAGGAGUUCCCGAACAACGUGGCGACGACGUUCGCCUCGCUCGAGACCUGCUUCGGGCUCGGGCUGAUCGUGGGCCCGAUGGUUGGCGGGGCCCUGUACAGCGUCGGUGGCUACUACCUCCCGUUCGUGGUGCUCGGUUCGGCCCUCUUCGUGACCGCCAUCCUGACGCUCUGCAUCCUACCGAAGCACCCGCACGAUCCGACCGAGAGCCGGGAAAAGUCCGCCUCGCUCCUGACGGUCCUCAAAAUUCCCGGCGUCGUCGUCUGUGCGCUGGCCAUCUGCGCCACGAGCGCCUCGAUCGGAUUCCUCAGUGCGACGAUGGAACCGCACCUGCGACAGUUCGAUCUUUCGCCCAUUCUGCUCGGUGUCGUGUUCGUCAUCAACGGAGGGGUGUACGCGUUGACGGCUCCGGUCUGGGGAUGGAGCGUCGAUAAGUUCCUCAACCCUAAAAUUGUAUCCUCCAUCGGCUGCUUCCUGGUCGUCGGCGGGUUCUGCAUGGUCGGCCCUGCCUCGUUCAUCCCACUCGAAACAACCCUCACCUACGUCAUCAUCGGAUUGGUGCUACACGGAUUAGGGAUCGCGGCGGUGCUUGUGUCCAGCUUUACCGACGCACUCAACAUUUCGAUCAAAAAGGGUCUCCCGGAUAACAUUGAAACGUACGGGCUCAUAUCGGGCCUGUGGACGUCAACGUUCGCGUUCGGCGCAUUCGUUGGCCCAUCGGUCAGCGGGCUGCUGUUCGAUGCGAUCGGCUUCCGGGCGUCGACCGUUUUCAUCGUCGGGUUGCAGCUGAUCGUCGGCACGAUCACCAUCCUGUUCCUGUUCUUCGAACGCUCGCCCUCCCCGUACAAGGAGAUCUCCUCCGUGGAGUCACUGCUGAAACCUUCGACCGGCUCGCAGGACGGCGAUUCCCACCACGACAGUGCCGUCAGCCGAAGCAGCAGUCUUGACAUCACGUUCCGCAGCAAGGCGGGAUUCUCUGGCAGCCAAAGUUCACUCAUCGGUUCCUGGCGCCCGUCGGUAAACAAUCUCCUAAUCAGCAACAGCUAUCAAAGCAAACAAGGACACUGGGCACGCUCCGUGACCGAACUUGAGGCCAACCAGGGCACCCAGUACGGUACGCACUACGGCAGCUUCGACGCACGGCCCGGCUACCACGACACGAUGGCCUAGUGGCCGACGGCGGUUGUCUGCCUCUCUGCCCUCCACGUUUGGCCGCCCGCCAACACCGGCGUGGCGUGGCGUGGCGCGGGGCCCCACGGAUCGGUAUUCUCUUUCUUGUCCGCUCACCCAGCGCACUCCAGGAACCUGCCAAAAGACAACCAGCUUAACUAGUUGUAACACUACCGCCUAAGUAUCGGAACCGUGGCGUGGCGCUUCGUUGUGCGGAAGCGGGCAUAAUGCUCGGAGUUGAUGACGUGCGCCCAAAACUUGUCGCACACACACACCCGUCGUUCUUGAUCUCCGGCGCGCGGUGAUCUUCAGCUUUGCCCUACGGGAAGGAAGGUUUUUAGUGUUUUCCCUGUGGUGGGGUGUCUCACCGAACAAGGUGCCAAAUGAAGCCAUCAGAAAAGGAGACAGCGCCAGCGAGAGUCGAGAGUCUGCGCCGAUUCAACGAUUCCCUCAGACUGUUGGCUGGCCAGAGUGGUCUGAAAUGGAACGUAGCCGAAAGGAAUGUAUACGAACGGAUCCGAACGGCCCCAAAUCACAUCUCGGUGGCCGCGUUCAGGGACGCGAAUCCUUAGUCCGUACCACGUCGACACCGCGCUCCGGGCGCUUGGCCGCUCCCAACAUCCAUCAACAGCGGCCGCGCGCAGGAGGUCAGGACGCAGCGAUCCCGCAGUUCGUGUGUAUGUGUGCAUGCAGUGUGUUGAUAAGUUUUGUGCGCUGAAAUGAGAGUAUGUUAGAUAAGGCAUGUGAGGAAAGUGAAAAUAAAAUAUUGUA